ACUAGAUGUGCUCUUCUUGACUGCAUUGUGAGGGUAUAGCUCCUGGGAAACCCUGGUGUGACGGUCUAUGGGAGUCUCCCAUGUGACGGCAUCCCCUUGUUGGGCCCCAUGGAGGGUGGGGUCACUGGGAGCUGAAUUAAUAUUACAUAAUCAUGGAUCAUCAAAAAACCAAAACUACAGACAAUGCUACAAAGAAACAAAUCAUUUCCAGUCAGCCAACCUACUUCAUAGUCCAUGCUACUGGACAAACACCUCUAUCAAAAUGUUCUCCUUUUCUGAUCCAGAAACUGUUUGAAUCUACAGUUGGAAAUUUGAAAAAAAUACAAAAAUUGAGGUCAGGAGAUCUGCUUCUAGAAACAACCUCACCUCAACAAUCUGCAAAACUUUUGGCAAUUAAGACACUUGGAGAUAUAGAGGUAACUGUCACCCCACAUGGAAGUCUAAACUCAUCACGUGGUGUGAUAUCAGAGAUCGAUCUGAUGUCUGAGGAUGAAUCAGAUAUUCAGAUUGGUGUUGCUGAUCAAGGUGUAACUGCUGUUCGACGCAUCUCCAUUCAUCGAGACGGCAAGUUAAUUUCUACAAAACAUUUAAUCAUGACAUUUAAUCAACUGACAUUACCAUGUUCUCUUACAACAGGAUAUUUGCGCUUUUCGGUUCGUUCAUAUAUUUUAAAUUUGCCGCUCUGCUUCAAAUAUCAGCGGUUUGGACAUUCCUAAACAUGCUUAUGUUUAGGAAUGAGGCAAAAGCUUAUGUGCACAGUGUGGAAUGUAAGGCCACCAGAGUACUGAGUGUACCAGUACUUUAUGCUGUGUAAACUGUAAAGAUGCUCAUUUUUCCUACUCCCGAUAAUGCCCUGCAUGGCAGAGAGAAACAGAGAUUCAGCGGGUGAAAACUAUCAACAAUUAAGCUUACUCAGAGGCUUAGUGCAUGGUCACAUCAAGUGCAUCACUUAAGCCGAAGACAUUGCUGCAAUUUUAAAAUCCACAGAGACAUGCAGAGUUCAGACAGAUAUUUUUGUUUCUCUAAAAGAAUCUUUUGCUUGUGAUGCAAAAUGUUUGCUGAUACCAUCCACUCAAACAGCAGAAAAGGAGAGCAAGAAGAACAAAACACCCCUACUUAAAACAUGGGUAAUAACAAGAAAUGUGGGUUUUAAAAAAGGAGAAUAAGAACACACUAAAAACAAAAAUUGAAAGCAGCGUUUUUUAAACGUAGGAACUUAGAGGCUCAGUCUAUGAUUGUGUUCUGUGACUUUUCUGAUGAGGAGACUAACAAGGAGGUUACAAAACCAAUGUUUUCUUUAAAAGAGAAACCCCCUGUUUAAUUUAAGAGGGAUAGCCUUGCAAAGAAUGCUGCCUCAAACAGAUAAUGGAUUAUAAAAUAAUCCAAUGGAACUGUUGUGGUUUCUGCAACAACUUCUCUGACCUUAAACACUUGACAUUACCUACCAUUUCUCUGUGCAUGGCACUUUAGGAGACUCAUUUGAAACCUGGAGAAAGAAUUACUUCAAAAGGAUUCGAUCUCUACCGCAAGGAUGAUGAUAGCCACAAUUGUGCCAGUGGAGGUGUGGCUAUUGUUGUGUUUUUGUACUUAUUAUGUGUGUAUUUAUUAUUAUUGCUGUUGUUAUUUAUUUAUUAUUAUCAUAUGCUAUGUAUCAUGUUUAAAAUUAUUUUUAACCAUUCGCUUUGGCGCAGCAUAGCCUAUAUGGCUCUUGUGCCAAAAAACAAAAACGAAACAAACAAAUUGCAUCCCAUCCUUGCCGGUACAAAUAACAACUGAUUUGCAAGCUGUGGCAGUCAGAAUUUCUAUUGGAUUAACUGUCACGGUUUGUUUUAUAUACUUGCCACCAGAUGUCAAAGUCAAUGAGGAUGAAUUGGAUGCAUUGGUUGAACAGCUCCUGACUCCAUUUCUUUUACUUGGUGAUUUCAAUUGUCACAAUCCAAUGUGGGGCAGUCUCGACAUCACCCGUCGAGUCAGAGCUAUUUAAAGGUUUAUAAAUAAUUAACAACUAUAUUUAUUUAAUACUGGAGAAGUGACAUACUUCCAUGCUCCAACAAGAGCAUUCACUUUCAUUGAUUUAUCCUUAGUCAGUCUAAACCUGUUGUCAGCAUUUACGUGGGAGGUUGGAUCUAAUCCACUUUCUAGUGACCAUUUACCAAUAUUUAUACUAAAAUAUCAUGGCAGAGAAAACUGUGAAACAGCCUGUUUACUACACUGGAAACUUGAAACGGCAUAUUGGCCUGCAUUCUCCUUUUUGGCUGACAUCACUGUGGAAAUGGUCAAUACUGCAGAUAUCGAUGCAGUUGAGUUUGUCACUUCAACAAAGGAUGCUUCUACUUUCGUCAAAGGAAGUGGCUCUUUUAUCAGUUUUUCCACGUUAGAAAACCGUGAAUUUCUUAUUAAAACAAAAGAAUAUUUUUCUACAAAAAUUUAACUUAAAUUUUAAAUUAUUUAGACCCAUGGGCUAUUCAGAUCUCACAAUUAAAACUUUUAAGCAAAAUUUUUCACUUCAUUUCUAAACUACACAUGAAAAUUUCGGUGCCUUCUGGUUAUUUAAAAUGUUCCGUGUUGGUUUUACUGAAUUUAAAGAUUUGUGAUAGUUUAUCGGUAAAAAGUAUCUCUUGUUUCACUACAACUAUAAUAAUUUAUAAACAACAGAACUGAAAUUAUAACUUUUUAUUAAAAAAUACAUAAAUCACAAAAAAUGUACAAAAAGAUACAAAUAAUAUUUUAUAUUAUCACGUUAAAUAUGAAAUAUUUUACAAAUGAUUUAAAAUGAUUUUGAAUUCACUGUGUGUUUUCCAGAAAAGCCACCAGACCUUGCCAAUUAUUGUUGUCUUCAACCCAUAUCAUUAAUUUAUUUUCGAUAUAUCAGCUUAACGCUUCUGUGAUUUGAUUGACGACUUCAGGGUUAUUUAAUCUGUAAUUCAUGAGAGUUAUCUCUCUAGCGAUCACAAAUAACUCUACGCCCUUCGAAGUGGGUUAUUGUCCGUGGUGAGGGAACCUUUCAGAGAUGGUUUAGAAACUUCUGUUUACCAUUCCUGGAAUCUGAACACCCAUCCACGUGUUUGCUGUGCAUUGUAUCCCAUAUGCCAAAUAGGGGGAUCCUGGUAGUUGAGCUUAACAACCUCCACUUUUACAACUAAUAAAAAUUAACAUAAUCUAACGUUUUCGGUCAAAUGAAUUGUUGGUAAAGUGUAGUUAUAAUAGGUGUACAAGUUAAUUAUGAAUUUGAAAAUAUCCAUGCUGUCUAUUACAGGUUACCAGUUAUCUGGGAUGUGAAAUGUAUUCAGAAAUUCAUACGAGCCUUUAUCCUCUGCCUGAUGCACUUGUGGAAUGAACAUGGCUCCAUUAUAUUGCAGGCUGAUGUUCGCCCUCUGGAAUGUGGAACAAGGAGCUUCUGCAGGCAGGGUAGGCUAACUACUGUUCGAAUUGGACUUUGCUGCACAGUAACGAUAAUUCGGAUAAUUCUGUUAAUGCACUUUAUGCAAUUUUUUAGCUUUGUGCUAACCGAGGGGGCUGAAGCGGAGAGCUUCUCCCCAGUUAAUGGCUUGGCUGUCAGGAAAUGGCUAUAGGAGGGCUAAAGGAGUGGGAGGCGUAAUGAAGUCGUGAUGAGAUGUUGGUAGUAGUUAACAAGAGUAAUUAAAUUAGGAAUAACAUAUUUAAUAUAAACAUAAAAAUAAUACAAAUACAGUAAAAUUACCCAUUAAUUCUAAACAAAAUGUAAGCAAUAAUUAUAAUAAAUUUCGAGUCGCGACAAUAUCGGACAACUGAUGUCCGUCUAUCCCGUAAGUGGGACCACCAAAGGUCCUCGACACAAAAUAAUUCUAAGUCUUACCCAAAGGAACAGAUAAAUAAAUUCAAAGUCCCGAGUAUAUUGAGCGACAAUAAUUUCUAAGUCCCGAGUAUACCGAGAGAGAGUGAAGUAAAAACAAUCUAAGUAUUUACCUCUUUAGGUCGGCGAUCAAAAACUUUGAAGUCCUUCCAGAGUAGACGCUUGUAGUCUUCUUUUUCCGAUGAUCGCCUCGAGAUCUCUGAUCAUUCCUGUUUUAUACUUUUUUAGCGUGGGAAAUCUCGGGGACUCUUCUAACGCAAACUGUCACUUCUCCCAAUUUAUGUCAGUCUCCCCUGUCAUGGGUGACGACAAUGCAGACAUUGCUUGACUAAUUAAUGUUAAAUUCGUCAUCACCUGGGGAGAUGACUGACUAUUUUUGGUUAUGAUUCUCUCCGCAAAGUUCACCCUUGUAGGUGUUCUCUUGUCCACCCUCAACACAGGAACACAUGUUUGUUUUUGUUAAUUGGUCAUACUGCAGACUCUUCGUAAUAGAGUAGUCUCCUGGGGAGAGGGGAGUUCUUUUGCGGUUGCCUCGGACGACUUUGUCUGUCAAGAAGGUUGUCGCUAGAAACUACGCAGUUCAUCGUCUGGGGGCUAUUCCUUGGGCAACGGGGUGAGAAUGGGAGAAAUAACGGAAAUAAUGAUGGAAGAAGUAUACAACUUUGUUUCAUAUUAAAUAAAACUUUCAUAUGAGAGUCAGAUUUUCACAGAAUUCUAUGUCAACAUAAAAUGUAUCCUCAGGGAGUCACACCUGUCAUGUCUUUCCAUGGAUGAUAAGGGCAAGAGUUUCACUUUGUGUCCCCCGACAAAGGAAACAUGCUCUUUCGUGAUAAUUUCUGAUUUACUACUUCAUCUCUUACUGACUGCAUAAAAGGUUGCAAAAUGAACAAUUCCUUUGUACUUACAAAAUUAAAUAUAUAUGUAUAGCUCUAUGACAAAAUAAUCUCUGCAUACUUGCAAAGAAGCAGAAAGGAGGGGACAAAUCUUAAGACUCCAGGUAGUCCAUUAAAAAGAGGUAUUGCCACACAGAAAAAUGUAUAAUUCGAAUUAAAAUUAACCACCUAUCCUGGUAGAUGAUAAGAGAGGUCGGGUUCAAACACGGAGAGCGAGGAAGCGAGCGAAGUCUGUUUUGAUGGUCCACAUUAUUUCCGUCAGUUCCUUUCUCCACUAUGGGAGGGUCCAAACCAAGUAAAGGGAGUAAAUGAUACGAAGGAAAAUUCUCAUAGGCAUAGUUCAAGUUGGGAAAAAAUAAUAAAAUAUACUUCCUUAUCUCAAGAUAAUUCCUUACUUGUUGAUUGUCAUUUGAAUUAGAAUAGGUUUGAAUAGGUCAUUAGCAGAGGAGGUAGAGGUAGAACAUGAGGUUAUGACUUGAUUGACAACUCAACUGACAAAGGGCCCAAUCUUCAAUCAGUGAGGAUGAUCAAAGAGAUUAAAAAAUUUCGAAAACAAAAAUAGUAAAAUUUGCAGCAUCGUGUAUUUCCAUUUCCAAUAUUUCCCUCUUCUAAAUUGGAGGAGAAGGAAUAGUUUGAUAAGAACAGUCCAAAUCAGAAGUCCAUACUAAAAAUACUAUUCCUCCAACCCUUUUUUUUUUCUUUUUAAACAGUUUCUAAAGGAGACACACCAAAAACAGGGUAGGUUACUAAAACACUCCGUGUGGAAAGUAUAAAGCAUGUCCAUCAUCCACAGCUCCUCGAAAGGAAAAUGAUAAGACAACUGAUAAGAAAAAAAAUAGUUAUUUGUACCGUUCCCUUUUCCAGUUCUGGUCAAGUUUGCUUUAUUACUGGUGAUACACCCAAAUAUCUACAUAGAGGACAUUUGGUGGUUCGGUCAGGUUUAGUUGUCUAUUGAGACAAUCUUUCUUUAUCAGAGAUUAAUCAUAGAAAAACUGAUUCUUGUUUGGCUCACUUGAGAGAUUGAUUCGGAUAACAAGGAAGAAACGCCCAGACAAUGCCCUCAGUUAGGAGAACGUCGAAGGCUCCCAGUUCUGUUCCUCAGAAAGGAAACGGCCAAGAAGAAAUGUGAGGUUAUCUACACUGUAUCUCUUCGCAGGUCUGGUCAAAAUCAUAACUUCACUGGUGAUCGUAUAAAGUUCUGGUGAAAAAGAAAACUUUUAAGGUCAUAUCUCUAGUUCAGUUCAGGUCAUAAGUAGAUGUGAUAAUAAGGUACCUGGGGAUACAUCCAACAGACAAAUUUCCAUAACACAACAAUAUCUUGAGGAUAGUUGGAAACCCAAAUGUUACUGUAGUUGGGUCAAAACCAAGGGAUACAACACAACUAUCUUGUAAUAAAAGUUUGUAGAACGGGAUAUAAUAAAAUAAAAUUUUUCAAUAAUUGUUGUCACUUCAUUAGAUUGUAAUAUUGGAAGGGAAGACCACCAUUUCCUCAACGUAUAUAUAUAUAUAUAUAUAAUCUUCCAUCCAUUCGUGUUUUAAGAGAGAAGUAAAAUAGUUAAAUUUACCCUGAGACUCAACUGUUGAAAAGCCUCAAUAUUUUCAAUGGGAAGUGUGAUCACAAAAUACAGAUGAACACAGAGUAAAAAGGACCUGUUCUUUAUUUAUCUCUGUUACUUCUUUAGUAGUUUCUGUUCUAAAUCUUAAAGAAAUUUCCCAAUUUUACUUUCAAAAUAAGUGUGAGGGAUUAUUUUGUACGUUUCCCAAUCCUAACCAAUCAAAGGAGUAACAAUUCUCUAUGGAUUUCAAAAAUAAACACUAGAAAUUAUCAACGACCAAAAAUAACAUCUACAUACAUAUAUUUGCCGUGUUUUAUACAGUAACCAACGGUAAUAUGGGGGAGUCAAGGAAAAUUAAACAACUAGAUAUAUACACAUAUACAUAUAUAAUACUAAUAUGUGUAUCUUAAGGCCAAAUUAUCACUUAGUUAACUUAACAAAUUAAUACUCCAAAAGAUCCAAAAGAGGACAGUUGUAAUCCAUCCAUGGAGAUGAUGAUCUACUAGCGGUGGGAGAAAUAUAUCUAGGGAUGCGACUAUGAGUAGGUCUAGGCAUUACCCAAAGUUGCUCUGGGAUGGGACCUUGACUUCUAAGUGCAUAUGGAGUGACUUCUUCCGGUUCUUCGUCUGAUCGGGCACUUUUACUCUGUCUCGGAUUCUUUGUCGCUUUCAGAUUCUUCUGAACGUACUUCAGCCGAAGGGAUCAUAGCUGACUAAGGUUAAUAUAAAUUUGUCCCAGGGAUCGGGAAUAUAUUUAGGUUCUUCCUGUUUUUCUUUUUUUAUUUCUUCGUCUGCUUGAUCUAUCAUUCGCUGAGGUUUAACUUUAAAUUCCAUAGGAGCAGUUGCAGGUUUAAUUCUGUCGGCAUGUACUUUUAUAUUCUUUUUCAUUUUUAUAUUCUCUAUUUCUUAAUUAACUGGACUUAAAACUUCAAUAAUUCUAUAUGGGCCUGACCACCGGGAACAAGUUUUCUCUUUAUUCCUUGUGGAACUACUACUACUAUUAAAUAAACUCUAUAUCCCAUCUGAUAAUGAGGUGGCUUGUUUUGUUUUCUUUGCCUUUCUUGUUUUAUUUUUGCAGCUUCUUCCUCAUACAUUUUUUCUGUCUGAUGUGCGAGUUUCAUUCUCUGCUUUAAUUCCGAUGCAUAAUUUUAUUCUAUAUCAUAAGAGAUGGUUGUGAGACUUUCAAUUAAAUGGUAAGGAUAGGUAGGAUCUCUUUAGUAUAAUAAAUAGAAUGGGCUCUCAUUUGUAGAAGCGUGUACAGCCGUUUUAUAGGCGAAUAGUGCAUAGGGAUCCACUCAUCCCAAUCUCUUCGAUCUGCUGAUACGUAGUGAGAUAAAAUAUCCACGAUCAUCUUAUUAAACCUUUCAACUAUUCCGUUACAAGCUGGAUGAUAUGCCGUUGUUAACAACCUUUUAAUCUGCAACAUUUCACAUACUUCUGUAAACAUUUUUUAAACCAAAUUAGUUCUUCUGUUUGUUAAUAAUUUUGUUGGCGUAGAAUAACAUAUUAUUAUGUUAGUGACGAAAGCUUUUGCUAUCGUUUUACUACUAACAUUUGGUAAAGGAAUUGCUUCCGCAUAACGACUAAAAUGAUCAACAAAAACUAAAAUAUAUUUGUGUUUAUUUGUAGUAAGUGGUAAAGGUCCGAUUAUAUUCUCCAUUUCUUGAUCAACACUUUACAACUUAAGUACAGCGUGUCUGGAUGCUGGAUCCAAUCCACUAUCAAGCUUUGCAUUUGUGCACCGGUGCAUUUUGAACUUUCCCUGUUCAAAGUUUGUAUGUAGAUGCUUAUGAGCCUCCACUAUCUCUCAGGAGAGAACAGUUGUCUCUUUUUUAUUACAUUAAACAAAAAUCUCAGAAAAAACUUACAGCUGAUUGUCCAGGUACUCAGCUGAAAAGAUUAUUUGCCGCUCGGACGAGUUGUGUCCCUACAUUCGACAUAAGAAUGGAGAAUGUAAGCAGCACGAUUGACCUAGACACAAGCAACAUCUCACAUGUUGAGGUUAAUAGUAUUUCACCUUGGUCAUCUUCACCGAUCGAUGAUGAUUUAAGCUUAAAGCAGUUCCCUAAAGAAACCACACCAGACUACGUCUAUAGACAGCACUUCGCAGAAAUUCAGCAUUGUAACAGGAAUUUAAUUCCUAUAUACACCGAUGGAUCUAAGUCCGAUAACUAUGUUGGUAUAGCCUUUGUUUGCCAGGAUGAAAUUGUGGCAGAACAAAUAGCACCGAAUUCUUUCAUCUUUUCUGCGGAGUUGCAGGCUAUUUACUUAGCUUUAAAGCAUAUAAAUCGGAAAGGUCAUCGUUGCUGCGUUAUUUACACUGACUCAGUUAGUGCACUUCAGGCUUUGACCUCGUAUGAACCUAGUUCUCACUCUAUAGUGAUUAAAAUUCAGAAACUAAUUUGUCAUCUCACUACAAGAAAUUUAUUUGUGAAGUUCUGUUGGGUCCCAGGCCACGUGGGUAUAAGAGGUAAUGAAGAAGCUGAUACAGCCGCUAAGUCAGCAAGUCGUUCACAGCAUACAAUGCGUAUUGAAGGCAGUGAUUUGAAGCUAUUCGUUAAAAAACGACUAGCAGAGAGAUGGCAAAAUGUGUGGAAUGCACAAAUCCACAAUAAACUUCACGAGAUCAAACCUUCGGUAGAAAAUUGGACACAUAAUAGGCAAUAUGAUAGGAGAUCUGAGGUUAUCCUUACUCGUUUGAGAAUUGGACACACACGACUGACUCAUCAAUACCUUUUGAAGGGAGAUGACGAACCAGUAUGUCAGCACUGCAACUGUGCUGUAAGUGUUAAACACAUAUUUUGCAACUGUGUUGCUUUUGAUCAGAGUCGUAGACAGCAUUUCGGAAAUGCAAGCUUUAGAGACAUUUUGGGCCAGAGGCCAAACUUGGAUAAUAUACUGGACUUUCUGAAAGUCAUUAACAUGUAUAGAGAAAUAUAAUGAUUUAUUUAUUGUAUAGUUUUAUUUACCUUGUGUUGCAUAUUUAAAUUAUUGUAUAUAUUUUCGUUGUUUGUUUUUAUUUUUUGUUGUUGUUUAUUUAUUUAUUUAUUUAUUAUAUUAUAGAUUCUAUAUAUAUAUCACCAUUGGCUUUUGAAUGGUUAAACUGUUCUGUAUAUAUGUUUUUUUUUUCAUUUAUUUUAUACAUCCAAUCAUACCAUUUGUUGUGGCGCAGUAUAGCCUGCAUGGCUUUUGUGCCAAUAAAAAUUAACCAACCAAUAAACCUCCAUUGUAUACAAAACCACCUGCCAUAUUCUCCCCAGCAUUCCCUGGUAAGUGCGAGGACCGAGUUUGCUGUUCUGUCUCAUACACUUGGUGUACUUGCUCCAAUCUGUCCUUUUUUGGAUUCAGGAUUCUGUACCUUUCUAAGGGCCCUCCUUCAUUUUUACUGAAAUACUAACAGGGUAUGGUCGCUUUUUAGCUCAUCCCCACUAAGUUCCCACUGUAUGUCCCCUAACAGGUCAGUCGAGCACAUUGUGAUGUCGAUUGCUGUGCUCUCGCCAGCGCUGAAAUGAGUCGGCUCCCCCGUAUUUAAGCACCUGAGCUUUGCUGUCGACAUCAAUCAAAAAGAAUCUGUCCUGCUCUGUCUGUUUCUCCCAUAUCGCGAUGUCAAGGAAGCUCUCGUAGUGGUCCAUCAUGAAAUAGCAAUGGCCCGCACCCAACACAAGUGGACUCAUAUGAUAGGUCUGGACUUGGAGGGGGCGUAUGACUCUGUGCGUCAAUAUGGGCUUCUGGAAAAGAUGGAGGCAUUAGGGAUAAGCGGUAAGGCUUUAUGAGUGAUGGAGUUUUUUCUAAUUCAACGGUCGUUCAGGGUGCGAUGGAGAGGUGUGGUUUCAGAAUGUCACAACUUUGUGCAGGGGGUCUGGGAUACCCUUUCCAAGUACUUUACAACAUCAACUGUGCUGAGUGUUGUCAGGUAGAGAGCAUUGUAAGUUUCUUUUGUGAGAAAUUGCAUUUUCAUAUUACUGCAUUUUUUUUUCAUUGAUUCCAUGUAAGAAAGAAACUCUGACUGCAGCCAAAUUGAGCCAUUUAUGAUUAAUUUCAGAAAAUUGUCUUUUGUUUGGCAGUAUGGACAACAGAUGUUUAUUUCAGUUACUUAUAUCCUGUAGUCUAUACCACUUGUGAAUAUUUUCCAUAAGCAUAACCAUUGCACCGUAACCAGAAUAAAAAGAGGCAUCUUUGUGACAAAAUGUGUUGUCUUUCAAAAAAUUAAGUUUUCCAGUAACAACAGGUAAGAUUAAAUUACCAAAUGCUCGUGUUAGAAAGCUGCUUCGUUUGCCUAGUAAGUCAACUCUUGCGAAGUAUGUAUGCCAAGUGUUGAAAGUUUGAAGGAUUUUUGUGAAAGCGCAGAAAUCGAUUGAUAUCCCUGAUUAUAAUUGAAUAUACUGCGUAUAUUUAUAGUCUAUAUUUGAAAUUCAUUAUUUACUUAAUGUUACAACAUUUUAUGUAUAAUGUUAGGAAUUAAUACUGCAGUUAUUGUCUUCAAAUAAUCUCAUGAAAAAAAUCUACUGCUUGAUGACGACUUCUUUUUGGCAAAGCAUAUGAAAGAAAAGACAGUAUGUAGAACACUGUAAUUUCUAUUAUAUUUAUAUUUAGAACUUGUGGGAAAAUUGGUCUGUAACAUUUUUAUAAUUUCGUUUUUUUUUUAUUUUCAAAUUCCAGAUGUAACAUGUAACCUGGAAUUUUAUCGUAGAAGAUAGCAGUUCUUCCAAGAUGUAAAGCAAGGACCAUUUCCAGUUUAUUGUAAUAAAUAAUUGUUCAUACAGGAGCAGCAUAAAGUAAUACAGAAGAAUUCAUCAAAUGAAAUAACUUUACAUAGAUAUAUGCAAAAUUAAUUCAUUCUCAUUUAUUCUAAUAGAAACCAUACAACUUUAUGAUUAGCGGUCUGCAGACUGAAAGUUUACAAAAACAGCAUACAGUUGUUUUCUCUUUUUCUGCAAUUUUAAUUGUACAAAUGCAUUUACUAUAAAUAUUUUAUCCUGACAAAAUCGGCCAGGUCAAAAUUCUGCUUGUACCUUAUGCAAAAUAUUGUAUUUAAUAAUCCAAUCUUAACAAUAAAUAACAAAUAUACAAAUAAAAAAAUAGUAGAAAAUGGAUGAAGGAAGUGGAAAGAUCUCUCUGGAACCAAACUGUAAGAGAAAACAUCAUGUUGUACAUUUUGCAAGAAUUAUGCAUAUAAAAAUAAUGAAUAUAUCAGAUUAUUGUUUCAAGCUAUCCACCACCUACCUUCUCUGCCAGCAGAUAUGCUUCAGGAAAAAGUGAAGUAGUGAACAUAUGAUGAUAUCUGUAAGAAAGAGAUUAUUAAUUUUGUACAUUUUGCAAAAUUUAUCCACAUAUAAAGCUAAAGCAGAAUUAUAUCAAUUUAUGCAUCUACGUUUGUGUGCUAGCAGCAAUGUUUGACCAGGCAGUUGGCAUGAACACCCCUACCAUAUCUGCUGCAUGCUUUUGUAGUAGUUUUUCUUUUGUUUUUUGAGCUACAGACAAUACACUGAUAAGCCAAUUUUCCUGGUAGCUUGAUCAGUCCUACCAGACCUCGGGGUUUUUCAGGAAAUAGAGCUUUUUGCUCCGCCAUCGAUUCUCCUGCCAGGCUUUCAAUUACAGCCUCAAUAAACUCGAUAUGAGAAUCAGAAGGAACAUGCUUGGGGCCAGAUUGCCCUAGGAAGGGAAAAAUUGAUGGAGAGGUUGUUCUGGUGGCAGAACCUCGAGAUACACCUCAUCUUCUAACUCGUCAGGAAACUCCUGACGAGAGCAUGUGGAAUUUGAAGGAUUCGUCGUUCUCCCAUUCUUCUGAGGAAUACCCUACUAAAGCAUUGAUGUCACAUCUCUCCGGGACACAUUCCUCCAUAAUGUCUUCUAGAUGAAGCAGCAUAUUGCCCAGAAGGAUACAGAGAUUAUUUAGAUCCUUAUGCUGUAUUUUGCAACGGUUCAUGGCGCACGAAUGAAUUGUGUGAGCAACAGAAGCCAUUCAAACAAAAUGUAUCAUGCAAUAUUUUAAAAUUGGCUGGAGACAUCAGAGACAAAUUUGCCAUAUAUUUCAUUUUAGAAGGGAAUGUAUCUUGACAAUGGACUAAUAUAUAUUGAAAAAUAAAUAAACAAAAUUGUUUAACUAAUUAAUAAACAUCACUUUUUUUCUACAUCAAUAAAACUGUUAACUACAUCUAUAAGUGUUCCUUUGCAGUGUUGUCUUUUUUUUUGAUGGCACUUGCAUCAAGAAACUGUCAAGAUAUAGUGCAAAGGGACUUGCUUGACAGUCAUUCAGUUUUCUGCAAAGAAAUAAAUUUUUAAUGUUCUGAAUUGUAAUUUAUACAUGUUUGACAAAAAUUUAUAAAAAAAUAUAUUUUCAACUAUUUACAUUACUAAUUUCUUUUAGUAAUUGUUCUGAUGAAGCUUUUCCUCUUCUUUGGAUGUGAUGUGGAUGGUAAAAUUUCUUUAAUAUUUACAACAUCACAUACAGCUGAUUCAGAACCAGUGAUAUUUUCUAAAUUCUGAAGUAUUUCAGAUUUAAAAAUACAACAAUAAAAAUAAUUUUAAAGAUUACAAAAAUACAAAAGUAAUACAUACUUCUGAUACAGUUGGUUGUGUAUUUUCGUUUGUUUCUGUUUCUGCAACUGUUGAAUGUGUUCUGGAAGAUAAGUAUAAUAAUACUAUCAAUAUUAUAUGAAAUGUUCUACUUGUACCUGAAAUAAAUUUUAUUUUAUUAGUGGUUUUCUAUCAUUAUUUUAAAAUAUUAAUGUGAAGAUUCUUACUCUCUAGUUACUACCAAUCAGCUAAAAACUGUAACUGUGAAGAGAAUAACCAUUUAGGCUUUUUGGCUUCUAAGCCACUUCCACUUCUUGGCAAGCUGUUGUGGAUACCUCUGAACUGAUCACACAGAUUUUUCCACAACUUCUUGCAUCUGGAUACUGCAAAUAUAAAAACUAAUUUAUUAACAACUACUGUAUAAUUUAACUCAGAAAUAAAUUAUUAAUUUUAUGUUUUGACAUCAAUUACAAGAGCUUCUAGUUAUAUUGCAUAUCCCCAAAGAUAAAGAAAAGCACGGUAUAUCUGACAACGCGAUAUAAUGAAGUAAUUCUGAACAUAUAUUAAACAGAUUAUACACACUACAGAAUUUUUAUUCUCUAUUUUUUUCUAUUUUACCAUCUAAUUGAGUCUCUUCCACUAUUUCAUUCCAUUUUGUAUAUAUUAUGUUCGAUUUCUGUGAUCGGGAAGAUGCUUAUCUCAUGUUUCUGGGUGUACAUACUCAUUACUUAUUAAUUUUUCUUUUACAGCUGGUCCGCCAUCUUGCUCACUGGAAGAAGCCAUUUUGUACUUUUUUCAAAGGUGCAUGCACACUGUUUAGCAAGAACUGGCAGGACGCAAGAAAUAUCAAACCUUGUCAGAUAUGUGCUAGAGCCAGAAAUUUGCUCUUGCCAGUGAGAAAUCUUGCUUUUCACUUGUGCAUUGUUUUCCUUUGUGAGAACUAUAUCACUCGCUACUAAAUUCGUGUCCCCCUAGUCGCACCCUUACGUGACAAACUUGCCCAAUAUUUAUGUAGCGAAGGUGCCGUUGAAUGACAAGAUACCUGUGUGUAUCGAGGCCAUUUUUACAGAUAUUUUUACAUAAAAAAUUUAACAAAGUGUUUUAUAUAUAAAAGUAAUUAUUUAUAAACGAUUUAUUUUAAAAGUAUAUGUUAAAUGAUUUACUUAUUGUGUUGUUCAUUUAUUUCUUGUUUCAAACAUAGACAUGAAAUAUUGAAAAACGUUAUAAGAAUUAUCAAAUAAAGAUAAAGAAUUCAAUCUUAUAUGCAUUUUAUUUCAAAAUCUGUUCUUUUUCAUAAGAACUUUUAUCAGUUCCUUUGAUAUAUUGCCAAAUUUUUCUGUAUAGUUGAAAUUAAUUAUGGUCUUAGUAUCCAAUAAAAAUAUUGAAAUCAUAUCAAAUUAGAAGUUUAAUAAAGCCUAUAAUUCAGUUAUUCUCAUUUAUAAACUUACUAAAUAUCAAGCAAACAAAAAAAACAUAUUUAGGGAGCUACUCAAUGGUUUCUUAAAUCUAAAUAAAUUUAUAUUAAGUGCAUUUUCAAGAAUGAUUAACUUUACUACAAAAGAGACUGAUUUGUUACCAUCAGAUUUGUUUAAAAUGUUAUAUCAAAAAAUGCAAACUCAUUCUAGUAAGCAUAAUUGGAUUGACCAAGUUUCUUAUAUUUUGGAUAUGAUCUUUUCUGAGUUUGAUGAAAAGAUGAGUUCUUAAUCCACAUCUCAUGGAUGUAAUAGAGUAUUUUAUGGCAACUUUGGUUAUGCUUUCUUUUCAGGAUAGUUAUCCUUUGAAGAAAGAAGUGCGUUUUUUAAUGAUCAGUCUAUGAUUUAGUUAUAAUUAUACUUUUUAUUUGUUUUAAGAAUUUCAACUAAUACUAAUAAUAUACUAAUAUAUACAAUAAAACUUCAUACACAAAUAUUGCAUUUAAUUAGGCUGUAGAGAAAAAGGGAAAACAGUCGAAGAGAUAACAAAAAUGUUUAAAUUUAAUAGACAAACAGUUACUAAUAUCUGCAAACAGAAUAUUGAAAGAGGAAUGAUUUUACCAAAAAAGGGAAAAGGUCGUGAAUGAUUCAUUGCCGAAGAAGAAAAUCAACAUUUAAAGCAACGUUGCGAAGAUCUUUAAUACUUCGUCCAAAAGCAGGCGUUGUCAAUUACCAUUCUCAUUUUGUCUGGCAUGCUAUUUACCAGCUUUUGUCAAAUGUUUGUGCUGCUAAAUCUUUCCCAUCUCUGACAAAGGGCUUCCCGGAGUUUGUUCGGUGUGGAAGCAUUAAAUGGCUCCCUUGCUAUCUCCUCCCACAGAUGUUCAAUUGGGUUUAGAUCAGCUCCCCUUCCUGGCCAGUUUAAGAUGUCGAUGUUGUUUUGACGUUCCAGCCAGUUUCUGGUCAAUCUGGCUGUGUGAAUUGGAGAGAGAUCUUGGACGAACGGGACCUUUAUGGAAGGGUCCAACUUUUAGAGAGAACCCUUGGUCAUUAGUGUUUACCCCUUGGGGUAAACACUAAUGAUAUAUAAUGGACUUGGCUGCUGCAUGAUAGCGACACAGAUAUUUUCUGAGCUGAUUUGAGGAAUGAGGGCUAUGUCCAGAUCUCUGGGUUACAGACUAUAAUACCGCAUUUCGGCCUAUAGGUGGAGUGGCCUGCAAGGACCUGCCAAUUACCAAAUCGGACGAUCUUAUUGUCUAUCGUGUACAGCUCUUGGAUGAUUAUAAUAUCACUUUCUAUUUUGCUUGCCGUCUUUAUCAAUAGCGAACAUGCAGCUUUGCUCUUUUGGGCGUUUAGCUGGAGGAUCUUGAUUGUUGUCGUAUGGCUGGUGCAUGUUGUAUUGUUGUUGACCUGGUUGCUGUCUGUUUGGGUUUCCUGAGUAACAUUCUCUUGAUGGUUAUAGGCCAUAAUCGGUUCUGUUUAUGUUUUGUUGCUUCAGCCGUUGUAGUAUUGGGCAGUUGUUACUGAAAGCGUUGUGAUUUACCGGUCUUUGUUUGUUAUCAGGUAAGCUUUCGUUGGCUUUUUUACAGUUUAUACAGAUGGGGUUCUUCUGCCGGCAAUUGCAGUCUUUGUAGCUGUGGUCUUUUGUGCAGUGGCUACAUUUUUUAUCACUUGUGCAGUCCUGUGCAUAAUGAUCGAAACCACAGCACUGGUAGCACCAGAUAAGUCGUAUAAAGUCAUCUACGUAUCUUGUAAACCACGACAUUGAUAUAUGUCUGUGGUGAAUUAGGAUGUUUCGGAUUGCCGGAGAGACUGAUAGGACAACGUUUUGGCAGUUCUCUUUAACUGCCGGUUUUGAGAAUAGUGCGUAUUUUACAUGAUUUUAUUAUUUCAUCCGUUGUCUUGUUUUCCCAUAUGUCGUUUUGU